GCGUAAACCGUAUCCCUUCAUUCAUCAGGCCGUUUCCUGAAGCCAUUUCUAGACGGGAGGAACGAGAGUUGCGCUACUUUUAAAUCCGUUGCAUCUGCCUAAAUGCACGUUCUUAAGGAAAAAUACUUUUUGAAAAUCGAUCAUUCAGACAUUCAUCUUCACGUCCGUGUGAUUAUUUUUGUCUCUGCCGCGACAGAUUAGCAGCCGUACGGGCUUUAAAGUUGAGAGGCAAGAAAGGGGUUACCCCGAAUACGCAAGAUGAGAAGAGGGAUCUCCUCGGCUCCGGACAAAGUGAUUUUAGCAGGGGUUGGGGGCUCCUCUCUGGAUAAUAACAUAAUUUUAACAGCUCUCUCGGAUCGUUUAAACCCUGGUCAAUCUAAUACCACGUAUAUUCAAAUAAUAACCACCCCACCGCCUUGUAACGUUACACAGACAUCAAGUGUGUUCUUAUCCGAACCUCAGGUUAACAGCAUUUAUACAACCCCGCAACAAGCUGCUGCAAACGGAACCGGACAGCGACCCGCUCUGGGAAGACCACCGGCAAAAAGGCGGUUGGCGCUUGACGACUCGGAUCACCAGUACCAGUCAGAACCAGCCAAAAAACCAAGAGGAGGAGGAGGAGGAGCUGCAGCUGCAGCAAAUGUGACACGGCUUAAAACACCCAGAACCCCCAAGUCUCCACCUGAGAAGACGCGAUACGACACUUCGCUGGGACUGCUCACAAAGAAGUUUGUGGAUCUACUUGCUCAGUCUACUGAUGGUGUUUUGGACCUCAACCUUGCUGCUGAAACCUUACAGGUACAGAAAAGGCGGCUGUAUGAUAUCACCAACGUAUUAGAAGGUAUCCAUCUUAUCAAGAAGAAGUCCAAGAAUAACAUUCAGUGGAUGGGCUGCAGUCUGUUGGAGGUAGAGGGGGCUCUGAGCCAAAGGCAAAGCCUCACUGCUGAGGUUUCUGCGCUGGGCGAAGAGGAGCAAAGGCUAGAAAAACUCAUACAGAGAUGCAGCCUUGAUAUAAAACAAAUGAGCGAAUUACCAGGCAACCAGAAAUAUGCUUAUAUAACGUACCAAGACAUCAAGCAGUUGGGGAGCCUGAGAGACCAGACUGUAAUUGUCGUCAAAGCGCCAACAGAUACCAAACUGGAAGUGCCAGACCCUGAUGAGAGUCUGUCCAUCCACCUCAGCAGCACAAAGGGUCCUAUCGAAGUGCUUUUGUGUCCAGAUGAGGAGAAUGAUAUGAGAAGUCCUGUAAAAAAUGGCAGCACUGACAUUAAUGGCAACUCUCCUUUCCUGAAAGUUGUUCAAGAUUCCAACUGCACAACCACUUCCCCCAGCACUUUCCUGUCUCCACCCGCAUCUUCUUCCGCUGUCUCCGUGACAACGCUUUCCCCCAUCUCAUCCCCGUACACCAGUCUCCUCCAGCAGACAGAAGACCAGGUCCCUUCAUCCCAAGGUCCCUUCUUAAACCUUGUGCCUCCCAUCUUGGAAGAUGACUACCUGUUAGGUUUGGAAGAUGACCAGGGGAUCAGUGACUUGUUUGAUGCCUGUGACUUUGAUAAAAUGCCCUCACUUGGUCUGGAUGAUCUCCUGUGUAGCUAGCAUCCGCUAAAAGAAGAUCGAGAUGAAACACAGAGGGCUUUGAUGGUGUAUUUCUUUUUUUUAAUCUUUUUUCCCUUGCAAAUGUUUUUACACAGGUUAUAGAAACAUGUAGGUAAAGGGAAUCGGCUCACUGUACGAUGCAAUGUUUGUCGUACAGAGAAACAAUUUGAAGGAAAGCACUCCACAAACCUUGGCAUUAUUACUCGUGUCCUGAUUGACUCAGUUGAGUUUUUCUUGGCGGUGUGAUAACAUUUUAGAUGUUAAAAAUGAUAAAAGGCAAGGGUCAGGAGGAGGUUUAGAGUCGCCAGUGUAUGUUUGAGCACCAUUCUCCAAUUUCAAGCUGCAUGUCCGACUGUGUUGAUGCACAAGUGAGUAAUAGGUGCUCUCUGAAUUAAAACAGAUUAACUGGAGUUGGUCGUGUAGUGAUAAAGUGAAAUUAUAACUGUGCAAUGAUGUAUGCAAGACAAAAGUCUUGUCUUUUUGAAGUUGCAGAACCCCCGAAACAAAAAAAGGGCCAUAACCCUCCUGAAAUUAGGGGUUUAGCUAAAGAAGCACCUAAUGUACCCAAGGGUUUAAACUUAAAAAUCAUCUGCAGUUCAUACUUUUUUGAUACUUUGUAAAUUGCUGAUUCCAACUGCUUCAGCCCUGCUGCUGUCUUGUCACCUACAAUUAUACUGUGUUGAAAACCAUUGAGUUUGAAUCAAGUGCAGCGCAGUGCACUGUGCGUGUUUUUUUUGUUGUUUUUUUUUUACUUUUUUCUUUUUUGGAAGUUCAAGAAUUUUGUACUUUUAAAGAUUUUAAUACUUCACCAAAUGACUUAAUGAUCCGCCAUGGAACAAAAAAAUCUGAAUGAAACUGCAGUAUGUGAUGGGUUUCCCCAGACACACAAGCAUUUCAUAUAAAUGACAAAUUCUGCUAAAUUCUUAAACCAUGGUUCGGAAUAAAACCUUGCUUAAUAUAGAAGCUGUUUACAUGUUGACCCCCUGGCUUUUAUUGAUCACUGAUGAUCCUCCUGCUGCUAGUGUUGACUCUCCCCACCCCCAUCGCCCCAACUUGACUAAUGUAUAAUUGUGUGUACAGUGUGAACGAGUUGUCAGAUUAAGCCAGCUGUGUGUAAAUUCAUGUACAGUUUUCUAUAUUUUUGUCAAUGCACAAGGUACUGUAGGCUACCUCUCACUCAAUGUUAGACUGUCGUAGUAGAGCAUAGAGGUCAAUGCCAUAAUGUGUGAAAAUAUUUGAAUUCCCCUUUUGUGAUAGAAGUUAUAUAAUUUAGCAGUGGGUUGAAUUUUACAACCUGAAAUGUUAAGACUGGAAAUACCCAUGCUCUUAUACCAGUUUAAUAAAGUCAUGUUUUAAUUGUCCUCCAUAGGGUGCACGUUUGAUUGGCAAAAGAUGAUUUAUUGAAAUUUAUUGGUAGAUAAUUUCUAUAAGUUAUUUAGCCUAUAUUAGUUUUUUGCUUGAUGUGAAAUUAGAAAAUCUUAUACACCCCCAAAAGCAGUUUUUACUGACCCAAGUGUAGUAUUUCAAUUUAAUUUACCCUUAGCAUAAUGUUUAUCUGUUCUGAUGAACAAGUAAGAUCACAGGGUUCCUAAGUGUUGGAGGGGGUUAAAAAAUGGAAAUCUGAUGUUUCCAAAUCUUA